AGUUAUCUCAAGUAACAGUCGCGUUAUUGACUCGCAAAAGACAAGAUCACACAAAAAGAAGACCGCGGAUAAAUUAAUGAAAAUUGUGAUAGAAUAAUACUCUACAUACAUAUAUGGCGAUAGAUAUUAAAUAAAACAAAUAAUUUAUUUUUAUUGAAAAAAAAAUAAUUUUAGUGUUUUAUACGAAAUUCAAAACGAAGAAUAAGAAAGUAAUUUAAAACGAAACCAUGCGUUCGGAUCAACCUGCUCAGCGUAACAACAGUUCGGGUUCCGAAGUGUCCUUGGAUAUACCGCCGAAUGCCAUUUACAAUACAUCACGUGAUUGCAUAGUUCAAGACGACGAUAAUGCCGAUAAACGUAGUGCCUGCACCAUGACCACCGAAUGGAUGAAACAAACAUCGGCGAACAUUUUUCGCAAGAAAACCCUUUACAAACGUUUGCCCGUUUUAACCUGGCUACCGAAAUAUAAUCGUGAGGAUUUUGUUGGUGAUCUUAUGGCGGGUAUUACCGUCGGCCUGACAGUUAUACCACAGGGUUUGGCCUAUGCUGGAAUAGCUGGUCUGGAUUUACAGUAUGGUUUAUAUGGCUGUUUUAUGGGUUGUUUCAUUUACAUUCUGUUGGGUUCAAGCAAAGAUGUUCCGGUUGGUCCAACCGCCAUUUCGGCUCUCUUAACCUUUCAAACCGCUCAUGGGGUAUGGCAAAAAGCUGUGCUACUUACAUUCCUAACGGGCCUCAUAGAAAUUGCAAUGGGCAUAUUUCGCCUCGGUUUCCUUAUCGACUUUGUAUCGGGCCCAGUCAGUGCUGGAUUUACAAGUGCCGGUUCUUUGAUUAUUUUCACAUCACAACUCAAGGAUCUUUUGGGUGUCAAUACGAAAGGUGACACCUUUGUCGACAUGUGGAUAUCGGUGUUCAGUGAUUUACAUAACAUUAGUUGGAAUGAUGCGGGAUUGGGUGUGGCCUGUAUUAUUGUCCUGUUGACAAUGCGUGCAAUGGCCAGUACGAGUUUUGGUCCCAAGGAAAGCAGUGAAAAGUCAUUUUGUCAGAAAUUUUGGUCCGGCCUAUUUUGGGUAGUCGGUACAUCGAGAAAUGCUGUCCUUAUUAUUGUCACCUCAGCCAUUGGUUAUUACCUCUUAAGUUCCGGUAUUGAUAUAUUCCGUAUGGUUGGUUAUGUACCACAAGGUUUGCCCAAAUUCAGUGUGCCACCAUUUUCAAUGACCACCUUAACAAAUGGUACAAGUGGUGAACCCAUUGAAAUACAUGAGAGUUUUGGCCAGAUGGUUAGCAGUUUGGGUUCAGGAUUGAUUGUGGUGCCAUUGAUUUCUUUGCUCGAAAAUAUGGCUGUUGUGCAGGCUUUCGCUAAUGGCAAACCUUGUGAUGCCACCCAGGAACUCAUUGCCGUCGGUGUUUGCAAUGUGGCCAAUUCAUUUGCCCAAGGUUUCCGUGGUAAUGGUGGCAUUGCCCGUGGUGCUGUCUUGAAUUCCAGUGGCGUCCGCACUCAAAUGUCGAACAUUUAUACCGGUCUCAUUGUCAUUGUGGCCUUGUUGUAUUUGACACCCGCUUUCUAUUAUAUUCCCAAAGCUGCUUUGGCCGCUGUCAUUAUGGCUGCUGUUAUUUUCAUGAUCCAAUAUCGUGUUGUCAAACCCAUGUGGAGAAGCAAAAAAUCCGAUUUAAUUCCCGGUUUGGCUACAUUCGUCGCAUGUUUGGUUUUGCCUUUGCAAUUGGGUAUUCUUGUUGGCAUUGGCAUCAAUAUUGUAUUCAUUCUGUAUCAUGCUGCUCGUCCCAAAUUGCGUGUGGAAACUUUAUGCACUUCCAACGACAUUAAAUACCUAAUGCUAACACCCGAUCGCUGUUUGAUAUUCCCCUCUGUGGAAUUUGUACGCAAUGUUAUUACCAAACAGGGGCGUAAAUCCACUUUACCCGUGGUCAUUGAUUGUACCCACAUAUAUGGUGCUGAUUUUACUGCAGCGAAAGUUGUCUCAUCAAUGAUUGAUGAUUUUGAAAAUCGCCAACAAAAAUUAUACUUUUUCAAUCUGCAGCAACGAGUUGCUCAAGUUUUCGAGGGCAUUAAUAACAAUCUGCAGGUUAUUUACGAUAUGAACACAUUGGAAAUGAGAUUGUCCGGAAAAGAGGAAGAAAAUACAUCGAAACUGUGAAAUUAAUGGCAAAAUGAUAAUUGUAAGACAGGUAUAUUUUCAUAAAAAUUGUACUUAAUUACGAAGAACAUUCUUUCGCUAUUUUAAAUGCUGGUAUCUUUAAGGAAUCGUAUCGAUAGUUAUAAUAUAUAAUACCAAUAUAAAUAUUGCAGAUACCAGGUAGUGGAAUGUGAAAAUCUAAAUAGAAUUUAACAACCUCUUGUGGAAAAUCUUAGUGGAUUUUUUGUUAUUUGAUAAAAUGCUAAAGAUUUAAUCUCAUUAGUUGAACUUUUUAACAGUGCCAACAAUUAUUAUAGUUAUCUUUUAUUGUUUACUUGUAUUGUACAAAACCAUUAAUUUAGUAUUUAUUUCGUUAAGUAAAUCAUAUCUCUUCCUAAUAAGUUUAAUUUUGCAUAUCAAAAUAAUUUGUUGUGCACACUCGUGAAUGUAACGCAUUCCUUAAGUACUUAGAUACGUGUAUUAGUAGAAUAAGUACAUACUUACCUAGUUUUGUAUGUGAUACUAAAAUAAUUAAAUAAUUAUAUGUAAUUAGUUUUUGUAUAGUGUUGAAUGAUUUGCUUUGUAUCUUUUUUUUUUUGACAACAAUAACCCCGUAACGUAUUUUAUUGUAGUAAAAUGAGUAUUAUUAUUUUAUUAUUGUUGUUGUAUAGUUUUAUAUACAUUCCCAAAAUGCAUCACUAUUGAUAUUUUUGUAUUUAAUUAAAUUUAGGUAGAAAUAAAAGUAGAAAACAUGA